AUGCACCGGCACCAGCCCCUCCAUGGCUCUGUCCUCCCCUGCUGCCUGUCCCAGGGGGAAUGGGGUGUCGUGCGGGUGGACAUUGAGCUGCAGGACGUGGCCAUCGACCAGUGCUCCAGCGGGCCGGGCUGGUUCGCCGACACGCACCGUUGUGACCUCAACAGCACCCAGUGUGUCCCCCAGGAGAGCCGUGGCUUUGUCCUCGGGAGGUACCUGUGCCAGUGCAAACCAGGCUUUUACAGGGCCAGCGGAGUGGCCAGUGGUGCCCGGGCAGGUGGGUGCUGUGCCCAGCCCUGGGGUCCCCUGUUCCACCCAGUGGCUCACGGGGGGUCCCGGCUGGCGUGCCAGCCCUGCCACCAAGGAUGUGCCACCUGCCAGGAUGACAAACCUUGCCUGAUCCAGGAGGACCAUGCACUGCGGGCAGCCGUCCUGUCCUGCCAGGCGGGCUGCAUGCUGGCUGUCUUCCUCAGCAUGCUCGUCUCCUACCACUUCCGACGGAGCAAGAGGAUCCGGUCAUCUGGAGUCAUCCUCCUGGAGACAAUCCUCUUCGGGUCCCUCCUCCUCUACUUCCCUGUCUUCAUCCUGUACUUCAAGCCGAGCAUCUUCCGCUGCAUCGUCCUGCGCUGGGUGCGCGCGCUCGGCUUCGCCAUCGUCUACGGCACCAUCACCCUCAAGCUGCACAGCUGGGUGCUGUGGUUCCUGGCAGCCUGGACGGCCGGGAUGCUGGAGAACAUCGACAAGAACAUCCCGCUGGUGAUCCGCACCCAGACCACCCGUGGCCUCCACUUCUACAUCUGUGGCCACGACCGCUGGGACUACAUGAUGGUGAUCGCUGAGGUGCUGUUCCUGCUGUGGGGCAGCUUCCUGUGCUACGGCACCCGCCCCGUGCCCUCCGCCUUCCACGAGCCCCGCUACAUGGGCAUCGCGCUCCACAACGAGCUCCUGAUCUCGGCUGCUUUCCACCUGGCCAGGUUCACCAUGGUCCCCUCUCUGCACCCCGACUGGACCCUCCUCCUCUUCUUCGCCCACACCCACAGCACCAUCACCAUGACCCUGGCGCUGCUCUUCAUCCCGAAGAAAUCGGACGGCGAGUCCCUCGACGCUGCCCCGCUCGUCUGCAAGUCAGCCAGUGCCCAGAACCUGGUGGGGCCCGGGCAGCCCCCCCUGCCCCACGCAGCCCCCCUGCAGAAGUCACACAGCGUGGUGUCUGGGGCACGGGAGGUGGCCCUGCUCACUGCCAGCCGAGCAGAAUGGCACGGAGACCCUCACCCACCCAUCCCCUCCUCGGGGCACCCCAUGGGCCAAGGAAAAGAAGUCAGGAAGACCCAAAGCCCCAGUGCAGCUGAUGCCAUCCCACCAGCUGAUUCCAGCCCCACCCAGGGGCGUCCCCAGGAGCACUUGUCCCCCCUGGGCCGUGGGAAGGUGCAGAGACAUGUCACCUACACACCCAUCAAGAGCAUCAGUGUUGACAGCUCCCACCUGCCUGGACGGGAGGGAAAGCCAGAGGGGACAGCAGAGGAAGAUCCAGGACAGGAGCAUCCCCUGGAGAGGAGGGGCCAGCUGAGGGCCAUGGCCUCCAUCCCAGCACACGUCUGCCCCUGGGAGCUGGUCCAGGAGGAGAUCCUGAGCCAGAAGCAAAAAGCCAAGGAAGCAGCAGACUCAGGGACCCCCGGUGACACAGUGGCCCCCCCCCCGAGCCUGAGGCCGUUCUCCCAGAGCUCCCUCCGUGGCCUGGGACUUGCCAUCAAAGCCUUCAACCACACCAGGGGGAAAAGCAUCCUGAGAGGGAAGAGAGAAGACAAAGGGAGCUCCAGGAAGAGGGACCAUGAGCAGGAGGGGGGAAGCAGGAAGGAGAGGUCCAGCCUGGCAGGGAGAUCAGCUGUGUCCCUCGGGGGGAUCAGCCAAGGCUCUGCCACCAGAAGUCCUUGGUGGAGUGGGCAGAGGCCUGGCAGUGAGCCCACUGCCCACUCGUGGGGGAACAGCAGGGCAGAGGGGCAGUGUGACAGGCCAGCCUUGGGGACAGGCAGUGCUGAGAAACUGGCAGAGGAGCCCAGCGCUCCCCAGGGGGAUGUGGGUGCUGGUGGGGGCCCAGGGCCACCCUCAGGGGUGCAUGAGAUCCCACCCUGUGCUGGUCACCGAGAAGGAGCAGAAGGUCCCCGUGAAAGCCCAGCAGGGGCUGGUGGUGGGACAGCACAGACCUGUCCCCAGCAAGAGGCUGAGGCCCUAGAGAAGGAGGCUCCUGCUGCCAGGGUGAGCCUGACCACAGCAAAGGAAGGGGAGGCUGAGGGGGGCAGCAGGACCACCCACCCCCCUUCAGACCGUGCAGAGGUGGAGCAGCCACGUGCAAAAGCCCCUGCAGGCAGGUCCCACCCACCCACUGCUGGUGGGCAGGGAGAGGCUGCCGAGGGGACUGGGGCUGAGGUUUGUCCCCGGGGAGCCUCAGGCAUCCCAGCAGGAAAAGGAGCCUUGCUGCGCCAGAAGGCUGUGGCUUCCCAGGAGGACAGUGAGGUCCUGCUGGGAGAGGAGAGCCCGGGCUAUAGGCUGAAGAAGAGCAGCAGCCAACCUGAGCUCCUUGGUCCCAGGGAGAGCUGGGGUGUCAGGAAGGUCUCCCCAAGGAGCCGGAGUCUGGAGAUGGCCCCGGCUGCUCUGGGGACAGCUGGAAGGACAGAGGUCUGUCCUGGGGAAAGCUGGGCAGAUUCCAGCAUGAAAACAGAAAUCUAUCCCUUGGAGGAGAGCGAGGGCACUCCAGGGAAAGGUGGCAGCAAGGGGGAAGCCCCCCACCCUGGGGAAGAGCCAGGCAUGGAGAAACCACCAGCACCUUCAGAGGAAGUGGGCAGCAGGGAGGGCAGGAGGGCUGAGGUUUGUCCGUGGGAGAACAGGGAAGGGGAAAACACCAUUAGAGCAGAAAUCUGCCCCUGGGACAUGGAAGGGGCUCAGCUGGAGGAAAAGAGGCAGGAGGGAGGGAGGAGGCAGCUGGCCAAGGGAAUGAGACCAAAAUCAGGGGGUUUUCUGGGAGAGCAGGAGGGCCAGGGCAGCACCAGCAGUGAGGGACCCCCCCCAAAACCUGCUCCCAAAAGCUCUGAGCUGCCAGAUGUGACCUUGAGGAGCCCAAUGAGCGCUCGGGCUUCGGUUUGUCCCUGGGAAGUGGCAGGAGCUGACAGCAAUGCAGGAGAAGUUUGCCCUUGGGAGAGAGGAACAGCCUUAUCUGAUGCAGGAAAAUCACACGAUGGUGACAUUUCCCAAGAGGAGGAUGGGGCUUCCCCACAGAGAGCAGCCCCGAAAGCCACACCAGAGACCACAGGCAAAGGGAGCAGCCAGGGAGGAGCCCCCAGCCCUGGGGAAGUUGUGGAGCAGCCCAGCAUGGGAGCCAGAGGAAAACCCCCACUGCUGCUCAAAGCAUCAUCUAAGCAAGUGGGAACCAUCGACAGCAAAAAGGCCAAUGUUUGUCCUUGGGAAGUGGUGGAUGAGCCACUUCCUAAAACACAAAUCUGCCCUUGGGAAGAACAUGCAGCUCCACUGGGAAAGGAGAAACCAAGUCAGGAGACAUGUGGGACUUCCAGAGGGGAAAACAAACCAGGAUCUGGAGGGCUUGAAGGUAUCAAAGCAAAGCUGGCAGAGAAGGGUGGCCAGUGGCUGGAGCACAGGGACGCUGGGACUUACACAAAGUUCCUUAAGAAAAGCCUGGAGCUUUCAAAAACAGAGUCCAAGAAAUCCCAGAGUGUGGGGAGCAUAAAGGAGGAGGUUUGUCCCUGGGAGAGCAUGGGAACAGAGCAGCCCCCAGAACAACCCCGCAGCAGGAGCCCCAGGCUGCCCAAAUCACCUUCCAAGAAAUCCCAGAGCGUGGAGAGCCUGAAGGCAGAGGUGUGUCCUUGGGAGGCUCCUGAGCCUGAAGCCACUGAGAAAGCAGAAAUCUGCCCCUGGGAGGUGGCUGCUCCACCAUUAAGUAAAGAGAAACCAAGACUAGAGAAAGAUGCUCUGUCCACAGUGAGCAGAAGCCCUUCAAAAGGUCAAGGGCUCCACAAAAAGACUGGAGAAGGCACGUCUGCAAAGGAGUCAGUGAGUAGAGACCGGGAGUCCAUCUGUCCCUGGGAGAGCACAGACACAGAGGGAAUCUCCCCGGGGUCCAUCAGGAAGAGCACAGAGCUGCUGAAAUCCACUGCCAAGACAUCAGAGAGCAUAGGGAGCAGGAAGGCUGAGGUCUGUCCCUGGGAGAGCACGGACACGGAGCAGCCCCCCGAGAAGUCCCACUCUGGGAUCCCUGCACUGCCCAAAGCAUCCUCAAGGAAAUCCCAGAGCGUGGAGAGCCUGAAGGCAGAGGUGUGUCCUUGGGAGGCUCCAGAGCCUGAAGCCACUGACAAAGCAGAAAUCUGCCCCUGGGAGGUGGCUGCUCCACCAUUAAAUAAAGAGAAACCAAGACUAGAGAAAGAUGCUCUGUCCACAGUGAGCAGAAGCCCUUCAAAAGGUCAAGGGCUCCACAAAAAGACUGGAGAAGGCACGUCUGCAAAGGAGUCAGUGAGCAGAGACCGGGAGUCCAUCUGUCCUUGGGAGAGCACAAAGACAGAGGGAACCACUGUGGGGUCCAUCAGGAAGAGCACAGAGCUGCUGAAAUCCAAGACAUUGGUGAGCAUGGAGAGCAUACAGGAGGAGGUCUGUCCUUGGGAGAGCAUGGGAACAGAGCAGCCCCCAGAACAACCCCGCAGCAGGAGCUCCAGGCUGCCCAAAUCCCCUUCCAAGAAAUCCCAGAGCGUGGAGAGCCUAAAGGCAGAGGUGUGUCCUUGGGAGGCUCCAGAGCUCAAAGCCACUGAGAAAGCAGAAAUCUGCCCCUGGGAGGUGACUGCUCCACCAUCGGGUAAAGUGAGCAGAAGCCCUUUGACAAGUCAAGGUGUCUUGAAAGAGACUGGAGAGAGCACACGUGCAAAGAAGGAGACAGUGAGCAGAGACCGGGAGUCCAUCUGUCCCUGGGAGAGCACAGACAUAGAGGGAAUCUCCCCGGGGUCCAUCAGGAAGAGCACAGAGCUGCUGAAAUCCACUGCCAAGACAUCAGAGAGCAUAGGGAGCAGGAAGGCUGAGGUCUGUCCCUGGGAGAGCACAGACACGGAGCAGCCCCCCGAGAAGUCCCACUCUGGGAUCCCAGCACUGCCCAAAGCAUCCUCAAGGAAAUCCCAGAGCGUGGAGAGCCUGAAGGCAGAGGUGUGUCCUUGGGAGGCUCCAGAGCCUGAAGCCACUGACAAAGCAGACAUCUGCCCCUGGGAGGUGGCUGCUCCACCAUUAAGUAAAGAGAAACUAAGACAAGACAGGGGUGCUCUGUCCACAGUGAGCAGAAGCUCUUCAACAAGUCAGGGUCUUUUGAAAGAGACUGCAGAGAGCACAUCUGCAAAGGAGACAGUGAGCAGAGACCGGGAGUCCAUCUGUCCCUGGGAGAGCACAGACACAGAGAGAACCACUGUGGGGUCCAUCAGGAAGAGCACAGAGCUGCUGAAAUCCAAGACAUUGGUGAGCAUGGAGAGCACAAAGGAGGAGGUCUGUCCUUGGGAGAGCAUGGGAACAGAGCAGCCCCCAGAACAACCCCGCAGCAGGAGCUCCAGGCUGCCCAAAUCACCUUCCAAGAAAUCCCAGAGCGUGGAGAGCCUGAAGGCAGAGGUGUGUCCUUGGGAGGCUUCUGAGCUCAGUUCCAGCGAUAAAGCAGCAAUCUGCCCCUGGGAGGUGGCUGCACCGCUGCCAGAGGAAGGAGCAGCCCAGGGGAAGGGGAGUUUCCCACCAAAACAAGCCGGUGCUUCCAAAUCUCAGGAGAAGGGGAGCAGGGAGCGUGAGUCCAUCUGCCCCUGGGAGAGCCUGGGCACGGAGGAGCCCUCCUUAAAAACUGCAGCAGGCAAAGAGCCGCCCGGGAAGGCGGGCAGCGCCGGGAGCAGCACAUCUGGCAGCUGCCCCCGGGGAGCAGCACAGCCCACCGGCUUCACACCCGGUGUGCAGCCCCAGGGGGCUGAGGGACUGUCCCCCAGCGGGCCGGGAAAGCCAAAGCUGGUGGCAGGAGCCAGCGAGGUGUCCGCUCCGCUGGGGAAACCCCCGGGCGGAGCUGAGCACAAGCCCCGCACCGGCCCGGGCAUCCCGCCCCCUCGGGUUUGUCCCUGGGAAGCAGAAGAGGCUCCACCAGCCCCCGCCAAGCCCAGCACAGACAGCAGGAAACCCUCCGAGGUGUGUCCGUGGGAGGAGGUGCAGAGUGUGGAUCCCCCCCCGGCCCUCCAGGUGCAGGGCAGGGCGGGUGUGAGCCUUGGGGAUGGAGACAGGGCUGGGAGUGGAACCAAACCCGACGUCUGCCCCUGGGACCACGAGUAG